UCAAUGGAAGUGACAACGAAAAACUUCGCGGAACAGCUGCCCGCGAUUCGCGAGGCGAUCCAGAACGCGUCCUUUUUUGCAUUCGACUGCGAGUUCACGGGCCUAGCGUCGGACCGGCUUAUUUUUCCUUUUGAUACACCGGAAGAGGUGUACCAGAAGACGAUCGAAGCGAGUCCACAGUACAUCAUCGUUCAGUUCGGUUUGUGCGCGUUCCGCGUCGAACCGGCAAGCGAGGGCUCCGCGUCACCACGGCUAACGUACAAGUGCUACAAUUUCUAUUGUUACCCGAAAAACCGAACCAGUGUGUUUAGUUGCCAGGGCGAAAGCCUUCGGUUUCUGGCCGACCAUGGGUUCGACUUUAACAAACUGUUCCGGGAGGGUCUCUCGUUCGCAACCGAAGCCGAAGCGGAGCGGCUGCGUUCGGACUUAAAGGAGCGACAAGCGACCCGGGCUGCCGCAUUGCAAGCGGCAGCAGACGGCAACCCGGAAGGCGCUGAGUCGGACGUCAACAUGGUACCCGUGCCGGCGGAACAUCAGGAGCAGAUUGACGAAACGGCUGCAAAGAUAGAAGCAUUUUUGAAGUCGGACGAUGCGGAACUCAUCGUGGAUAACUGCAACGGAUUUCAGCGCAAGCUAAUCUACCAGAUGAUCGAACAUCGCUUCCAGCAGCAAGUAUCUACCUCAACGGUAACGCUGGAGAACAACCACAAAUGCAUUAAGGUGGAGCGGAAACGAUCGCCCGAGGAAGACAAGGCAUUCGAGGAGAAGCGCAUAGCACAGGAGAACGAAGAAUUGCAGAACACCAUCGGUCUGUCGUUGGUUCUGCAAGAGCUGUCGAAGGCGCGCAAGUUAGUCAUCGGUCACAACAUCUUGCUGGAUCUGCUCUACACUAUCCGGCAGUUCUUCAAGCCCCUCCCAACGGACUACAAGGAGUUUAAGAAGCUGACAAAGGAAAUCUUUCCUCUAUUGCUCGAUACCAAGUACCUGUGCACGAACGCAGAAAUUAAGGUGAACGUCAAUUCGUCAAUCUUGGCACACGUCUACGAAGCGGUAAGCAAGGAGCCAUUUUCAAUACCGACGGUCACUUCCGAGCUGCCAAAUCAUCAGUACACCGGAGAAGAUCAGAAGCAACACGAAGCGGGAUACGAUGCGUACCUUACGGGACUUUGCUUUUUGGGGCUCGUAAGCCGCUUCAAGGUGGACCUGGAAAACCUCACCAAAAAUUCCACAUUGAAGCAAUACAUGAACAGGAUCUUCAUUGCGCGACUGGUGGACAACAAUUACAUCAAUCUCAAUGGCAAAGAGCCCACACACUCGCGGGAUCAUAUAUUCUACGUAACAUUUCCGGAAACCUGGCGCACCGGGGACAUUAUGGGCAAGUUUAAGCCGUUCGGUUCGGUGCACAUUAGCUGGCUGAAUAAUACGUCGGCCUUCGUAUCGCUGCACAACCGGAUCGCGUCCAGCUUGGUGCUGAAAACGAUCGGCUACCAUAGCGGGUUCAGUGUGCACAGCUUUGCUCAGUUCUUGGAAAUGAAACUGCAACGCCUUGGAUUUAAACGACGACGAAACGAUUCGGGUAGUGGUGGAGCAGGAAGCCAGGGAGAGAGCCACGCCGGUGCUGCGAAGCGCGCCAACACCAACGCGGAAAAAGAAAGAGAAGAAAAAGACGAAAAAAUAGGGGCUACCGAUGGGAGCCACGUGUGGGCAGCGGGUAAACGCAAUGACGAAGCCGACGACGAUGCAGGCGGCUGGACGACGGUGAAGAGAGCCCGUAAAACGUUCAACACCAGCGACGAUUGGUAGGGA